AUGGCCUUCAUCACCACUGGUACCUUGCUAUCGCUAGCAGCCCUCGCCCAAGCCCGCAACAAUGGCGUCGGCAAGCUGCCCGUCAUGGGCUACGACACCUACAACGCCUUCGGCUGCGACUACGACGGCGCCCUUGCCACGGCCCAAGCCAAAGCCAUGAACGAAACCGGCCUGGUCGCUCUAGGCUACAAUACCUUCAUCCUCGACGACUGCUACGCGCUGAAAGAGCGGGAUGCUCAAGGCUUCUUGCAGCAGAACCUCACGCGGUUUCCGGGUGGACUGAAGAAGUGGACCGAAAGCAUUAACCAGUAUGGUGUCUCUGGUAGUGCUUACAGUUCCAAUGGGUAUUUGACAUGCGGGGCUUAUCCAGGAGGGUAUGGACAUGAGAUGCAGGAUCUGGAGACCUGGAGGAGCUGGGGAUGGGAUGGGAUGGUCAAGUAUGAUAAUUGUUAUAUCCCGUACGACAAUGUUACCAUGGAGAACGAGUUUGGCCGGUUCAAGCGCAUGGCCGAUGCCAUUGACGAUCUGGCAGCCAAGUACAACGAGAAACCGUUCAUCUACUCGCUCUGCCAGUGGGGCUGGGAGAAUCCGAUGAACUGGGCUCCGCGUAUCUCGCAGGCAUGGCGUAUCGAUGCGGAUAUCACGCCAUUUUGGACUGCGAUCAAGACGAUCAUCAAUUUGCAAGCGGCGAGUUAUUUGGCGACCGGCUUCUAUCAGCAUGGCGACAUGGAUAUGCUCGAAGUUGGAAACAGCGGGCAAGGCACACCUGUGGGCAACAUGACGCUCGCAGAGCAACGUUCGCACUUCACGGCCUGGACGCUGCUGAAGUCGCAUCUUCUCAUUGGCACAGACCUUCGCAAUGCUACGAACGAGACUCUUAGUAUCCUCGGCAACAAGGAGCUAAUCGAUAUCAAUCAAGACGAGAACGAAGGUGCUGCGCUCGCUCCCUUCCGCGUUGGGUUCCAGGAUGACUUUUCGGAUAUCGAGUACAACUUCACCAGUCCACCACCCUACUGGGCCGGCAACAGCAGCUACGGCGCCGUGUUCAUGAUCAUCAACUACGCAGACGAGCAGCGGGAGAUGGGAUUCAACCUGACCGAGAACUGGGCGGUGCGUGCCGGCCGGCAGUACAAUGUCCGCGAUAUGUGGAAGCAUGAGCACGUCGGAGUGGCAGUCCGAAACUGGACUGUGACGCUUGAGGCUCACGACGUCGCAGCACUCUUGUUGACUGACGUCGGACCGGAGCCGGCGCGGAAGCUGGCGGAUGGCGAGCUGGCGCCGCCUUGCGCAUACCCGUUCCUGGCGCAUCAGUGCACGAGUCCGAAUGGAAGCUUCAUUUAUAACGGGUCCAUCACGGAAUGGGGGUUCUAG